AUGCAAUCUCUCUACGAAGUUGAGAAUGAGACUCCUCGUUUGUCGAUUGUUCAGGGAGCGUCAAGUCCUCCGCUGUUAUCACUUACUCUAGGAGAUUUGCUUGAUCAACAAACAAGAAUUCGUGCUGGAAAUGAAUGUUUAGUCUGCCCUUCACUGGGAACGAGGUGGACCUAUGGGACGUUACAGGAAGAGAGUAUUGCCGUGGCUCGUGGAUUGAUAUCUUUAGGUAUAAAAUCGGGCGAUAGAAUUGGAAUACUAGCUGGUAACUGUGCGGAAUAUAUUUCGGUGUUCUUCGCCGCGGCUUAUACGGGAUGUAUAUUGGUGGUUUUGAAUAAUACAUACACAACUCAAGAGGCCAAGAACGGGCUGAAGCAUGCUGGUUGUCGAGUCUUGUUUACAGUACCAAAGAUUGGAAAACAGAGCACCGAAAGACUUAUCUCUGAUUUAGGGCCAUUGCCAAAGCACAAUGGCACUUCUGAAUUCUUGGAUAAGGUCGUGAUGUUGAGGGGUGCUCGAGAUGGAUUUAUGAACUACGAUGGACUGAAACGUCAAGGCCGAGAAAGUUCAAUGGCAGAAUUCGAGAGAGUAAAGAGUAUGGUAAAGCCGGACGAUAUCGUAAACUUGCAAUUCACAAGCGGAUCGACUGGAAGUCCAAAAGCUGCAAUGCUUACACACUUCAAUUUAGUUAACAAUGCCAACUCAAUCGGCGACCGAUUGGCCUUCACACCACAAGAUAUCUUGUGCUGUCCACCACCGCUCUUUCACUGCUUUGGUCUCGUACUUGGAGUAUUGGCAGUUAUCACACAUGGCGCAAAAAUCAUUCUCCCAGCGGAAACAUUCGAUGCUUCUGCGGUACUGCGCGCGGUAUCAGAUGAGAAGUGUACUGCACUCCAUGGUGUCCCAACCAUGUUCGAGGAGAUUUUGAGUCUUCCACGACCAGAGGGCUUUAACUGUGACAGUCUGAGAACAGGAAUAAUAGCAGGUGCUCCAGUACCAAGACCUUUAAUGAAGAGAUUGUUGACAGAACUCAAUAUGAGAGAAUACACUUCUAGUUAUGGAUUAACGGAAACUUCGCCCACUUGCUUCAAUGCCUAUACAUAUGAUACUAUCGACACUCGUCUGGCAACCGUUGGACAGAUCCUUCCACAUCUUCGUGCUAAAAUUAUCGACCGAGAUGGAAAUAUCGUCCCACAAGGUGCAAGAGGAGAGCUUUGCAUAUCUGGAUACUCGCUGCAAAAAGGAUAUUGGAAUAAUGAGGAGAAGACGGCAGAAGUAAUGGUUAGAGAUGAAGAUGGAAUCCUGUGGUUGAAGACAGGAGAUGAAGCUUCCUUCGACGAGAGAGGAUAUUGCUCCAUCACUGGACGUUUCAAGGAUAUUAUUAUCCGAGGUGGUGAAAAUAUCUAUCCCCUUGAAAUCGAAACUCGUCUCGAUGCUCACCCUGCCAUCUCUCGAGCUAUUGUCGUUGGGAUUCCAGACCCCAAAUAUGGAGAAGUUGUUGGUGCAUUCCUAGAUAUUGAAGAAGAUUCAGCCGCCGUCAAAAAGAAGUUAUCGGAUGCAGAGAUAAGAGAAUGGACAAGAAAAGAGUUGGGAUGGCACAAAGCUCCUCACCAUGUAUUUUGGUUUGGAGAGGAGGGAUUGAAAAUGGAAACCCCAAAGACGGGUAGUGGAAAGGUUAAGAAGUUUGAGUUGAGAAGCGAAGGAGCCAGGAUUGUUAAAGAGAGGGGUAUGGUGCCCAAGCCUAACUUGUAG